GUCGGAGGCCGUGGCCGCGCUGCGGAGGCGGCACCGCAUACACGCCGGGCAGGGCGCUCCAGACCCCGUGGAGAGCUUCGCCGAAAUGCCGAAGCGCGGGGUGCCCGCCUGGCUCGUCGCGAACCUGCAGAAGCUCGGAUUCUCGCGGCCCACCCCUGUGCAGAUGCAGUGCUUCCCGGCGAUCAUGUCAGGCAGCCACGUCCUGGCCUCGGCGCCUACGGGCAGCGGGAAGACAAUCGCCUUCCUGGGUCCCCUGCUCGCGGUGCUGGCGAAGCCAGGGAAGCAGUUCGCGCGCGCCCUCGUCAUAGACCCCUCUCGGGAGCUGGCGAAGCAGACGCUGGACGAGUUCACGAAGCUCACGGAGGGGAGGAAGUGGACCGGCCGCCUGCUCGACAAGCUGUCGGGUGAGAAGGCGGGGAACAUCAAGAGGCUGGAUGUCGCCAUCUGCACGCCCCUCCGCCUGGCGCAGAUGCUGCGCGAGAACAGGAUAUCUCUGGACACGACGCGCCAUAUCGUGCUCGACGAGGCGGACAAACUCCUCGAUCUUGGCUUUGCGCCGCAGAUCGACGAGAUCCUCUCGUAUUGCCCGAAGGACCACAGGGGCCUCCUGCAGACCCUGAUGUUCUCUGCGACGUUGUCCCCCUCGGUCCGAGAGCUGGCCGAGUCCAUCCUGAGGAGCCCCCUGCACAUCAGCAUCGGCGACUCGAACGCCGCAGCCGCAGAGGUCGAGCAGAAGCUCCUGUUCAUCACGAACGAGGACGGGAAGCUCUUCAGCCUGAGACAGCAGAUCCAGGAGGCGAAGGUGAAGCCGCCGGUGCUCAUCUUCGUGCAGUCGAAGGAGCGCGCCAAGGAGCUCUUCGGGGAGCUGGUCUACGACGGGAUGUUCGUGGACGCGAUACACGCCGACCGCACCCGGGCGCAGCGGGACGCCACGGUGAAGGCGUUCCGCGAGGGGAAGAUCUGGAUGCUGAUCUGCACCGACCUCAUGGCCCGCGGCGUGGACUUCAAGGGGGUGGAGACCGUCAUCAACUAUGACUUCCCCCAGUCGGCCGCCACGUACAUACACCGCAUCGGCCGGACGGGCCGCGCGGGUCGCGCGGGCACGGCCAUGACCUUCUUCACAAUCGAGGACUUCGAGUCCCUGCGGGGGAUCGUCGGCGUCAUGCGGCAGUCGGGCUGCGAGGUCCCGGAGUGGAUGCUGCGCCUGAAGCCGAAGAAGAAGGAGCAGCGCAGGCGCGCGGAGGUGCGCCCGCCGCAGCGGAGGCGGAUCUCCACCGUGCCCGGCUGGGACCUGGCCCGGGCGCGCCGGAAGCGGCAGAUGGUCGAGGGCACGAAGCGGAAGGGGUCGCAGUCCGAGGGCGCGGCCUGA